AUGAAUCGGCCCUCCUCUAGUCCUUCUUUCUACCCCAGAAGAUCCCUCACAACUGCUAGCCCCCCUAUUUCCUUCCCCUCAGACGGUCUUUCCACGGGGAUACAUGACGUAGCAUCUGGGGGAUGCGGUGGCUCAGUUCAGCAAAGUUUCCAGAACGACUGCACUAGCCUCCCUACUAAUGCAUUAUGUAUCUCAAUCAGCCACCUAGUUACCAGAAUUAUCUACUCUAGUUUCGAAAUAAACCUCGGCAAACUCAAAUGUGGCUAA